AUGCCUGAGAAAUACCCUCACAUUGCCGACAAGCAGACGCUUCUUGCAUCCUACCUUGCGAGCUACUGCGAGUCUGUGAGUGGAGCAAACUGCGGCGAUGGCGGCGACCGUGACUUCACCGGCGAUGAGACAGUUUUGCGCUAUGGAGACUUUGUCACGCUGGACCAGCUCACCGGUGUCAACGAAGGCUAUCGGCUUCGCGCCACGACUGCGGCUGCCUCUGCGCCCUCGGCAAUCUCGUCGCAGGUCAGCGCGCUUAGCAGCACAAGUCGAUUCCUGGGUGUUCGUCUUGACUAUUCGAACGCCACCCAUGAUUUUCCGAUGCAAACCUAUGAGGGCGAUUCCAUGUCCUUCCAAGUCGUCGCUCUGCGCAUCGAGCGGUUCUGCUCGUGCAUGUACGCGUCCAACGACUACAACUCGAUUCGCUUCCAAUCGCGUUUCCCGCCAAUUCUCAUCUCCCAGAAACCGUCGUACAAAUUCAGCGUGGUCGGCAACGAAGGCUCUUGCCCAUACUCGACGCUCCAGGUCGAGUCGCUCGUUUUGAACAAGGACCAAUUUGAGGGAUUCCCCGGUCUCGAAGCGCGGUGCCGUGCUCAGUGCACGCGGAUGGCGACUUGCGUUCGCUACACGGUGCGCAUUACUGCCGAUGGCGAUGGCAUGUGUACCAUGUUUCCCUCGCAGACCGAGAACAUGUUUGCGUAUAGCCGCGAUCGGAGCGACAAGGUGUUUUUACUACGCAAUACCAAGCCUGGAGACUGGGCACGCGACCAAGCCAGUGCCAGCUUCCAGGUCGUCGAACGGUUUGCUUUCUCAACCCGGGAGAACCACUUUUUCAGGAUUAUCUCGCCACUCCUCCUCACCACUCUCGACAAGCAGCCAGUGUUCUACGGCGACGAGCUGCACCUUGUUUCGGUUGAUGGCUCCAUUACGCUCGGCGCCGGCAACAGGCUGGAAUCUGUCGAUCAAGGGUCGAAUACCACCUUGCCGCCAAUGCGCUUCAAGAUCUACGGACGGAACUCGACCUUUGGCACGCCUGUGCGGCGCUCAGAACGUGUCAUGCUGCAGACAAUGCCGGACUCGCAAAACGAAUACUUCAGGAAGUUGACUGGCAACCGUCGGUUCAACACGUACAUUCCCAUGUUUUUGCAACUGGCCACGUCCGCGCCGGUAGCCCCUUCCGGAGGCACUCAGUUGGAUUACUCAAUGCUUCGCAUCAUGAAACCGUUCCCAUUGAGCGUUUCGCGGCUCUCGGCCUUCGAGUGGGUUUUGAACAAGGCGCCCAAACUGGACACUCCAGCUGCUGACAACGUCCUCUCCUUCAUCAAGCAGCCUACAAUGGCCGUCACGGUGCUCCAGCCCUUCUCUGCUUUGGAAAUGACGAGCAACACCAAUGGCACUGUGGUACUGGCGGUUGUCUUUUCGGAUCCAGUUGUUCGCACCUCCGUUCCGCCUCCGCAGUUUGUGGGUUUGGAUUGGAUUCGUCCCAAGCGCCUGUGGCCAAACAACUUUGCUGUUCGUCUGCAACCCACCGCGUCCUCGGUCGGCCCCGUUACUGGAAAUGUCACAAACGUCGUGUAUGAGGAAGCGCAGCUGCAGGUGCAUUUGGUUGUCACUGUCACUUUCGGUCAGCAACUUGCCGUUGGCGACACAAUCACAACCACCGCCGUGAACGUCGAAGGCGCGAAUGAGCAGCCCAUCUUCCAGCCCACACAAGCCGUGCAGCUCAACUUUGAGCCAGUGUUCCAGCUCGCUUUCGUUCAGUGGAAUGUCACGAAUACCACAACUGUGCUUGCUCCGUUUGACACUUUGCGUGUCGCCACGGUUCGUGCCGACUUCAGCGAGCCGGUCUUUUCCGCGGCGUCUGGCGGAUCUCUCGACGUUUCGUGCUUUGCUCUUUUGGGCUUCGACGUCGCCAGCUCGGGAGUGUUUGCUGCGAACGCCACCAUCCUUGCCGUGACGCUUGUGCCAGGCUCCAAUAGCACUGCCUACUUGCUCGAUCUGUCCUAUUUCCAGCUUGGUCCGUACGAUUCGCCGCUCUCUGCACCGAUGUACUACGUCUUCCCCACUGGCGCUGGCAUUAUCACACGCGGUACCGAACACCGUGCUGCAACCGCGGUUCGAGCUGAUUUGCGCGUACCUGUGACUCUUCCUGUUCCGCCGGCCUGA